UUGUAUUCGCAACAAUAGUGAAUGGAAGCGGUUUAAGUCGGUCGCGCGAAGUGAAGUCCAAAAUACAGAGAAUAAAACUGUAAGAGUCAGUCGGGUAAGACGAUUGCACUUGGUUUGUCCUGGGUCUGACUGGGACAACUACACCUGCAUCCUAAACUGCACCAACAUGAGAGUUCUGAAAUUAGAUGAGUCUGUGAUGAGGCAGUUGGACCGUUCUUCCAGCCCAGUGGUCCGCAGGGUUGAGAUGGAGCAUGGCAGAGGUGGCUAUGGAUUCACCAUGGCCGGCCAAGCACCCUGUGUCCUGCAUGGAAUAAUAAAAGGCAGUCCGGCAUACAGUGUCGGACUACGUCCUGGUGAUCGCAUCCUGCGCGUAAAUGAUAAGGAUGUAUCUGAGGAGUCACAUGAAGUUGUGGUGAAGCUCAUUGGCACAUCAUCUAGGUCUCUGUGUUUGUUGGUCACAUCAGGUGACAGGCAGACCCUUCGCCCCUGCUCCAGUGUCGAGGAGCGUGGUUGUCAAAGUAAGGAUAAACUCCCAUGGCUCACUUCUGGAAAAAAUAACCCUUUCUCAGAAGAACUUAGUGGCAUUCACACGAGAGAACCAAUGCUUCAGUCAGUUGGAAGUUUUGAUACUAUUUUUGAAAUCUCAGAUCGAGGCACCAUGACCACACAACAGGAGAGGCAGAAAAGACCUUUGUCCGAACCAAAUAUGUCUUAUUGGGUACCACAGUGCAGAACAAGAGGCCCCCCUAUUAGUCUUUUGCAGAAUGAGAGGUCUCAAGUUAUGAGUGAGGACUCAGUUAUUUCAGACCUUCAAAGUCAGAAUGAUUUUGUGUCAGACUCAAGCCUCCUGAAUGUAGCAAUGGUUGUGGGAUACAUUAACUCAAUGGAACUGGAGUUAGUGAUGUCACAGUCUGAAGAGAAGGCAUUGCAUGCCAUUCGUGAAUGCAUCAGUCAGAUUGGGAUUGAGCAGAAGACCCAUUCGUUGGUCAUGAUGAAAAUUAAAUGCAACUGUGUUCAGCUUUGUGAUGACAGAGAUGUUGUUCUUGCGUCAUACCCUGCAGAGAACCUGGCACUUUGCGUAAUAUGCAUAGAGGACAGCAGGUUUUUUGGUCUUGCUUCGGUUAAUUCCACCAAAAAUGGAGAUGAUGUAACAAAGACAGGCACUAUAAAGAUAUUGUGCCAUGUCUUUUUCAUAGAUCCAGAACUUUAUGACCACAAAGAGCACCAAAGCAUCACAGGGCACUUUGGAAUUUCGUGCACUCCAGAUCCAGACACUAAAGGCUGUUUGGAGUUUCCACAAACUCCCCACUCAAUUUCACACUUUGUGUCUGUCCUCUAUUCUGACAUGGGAGACUAUUUUGAAAAGAUGAGACUUAAACUUGACAGGGAAAAUCCAGAAGAAUGCCAUCAAAAUAUUCGGAACAGUGGCAGUGACAGUGGGAUUGGAAAUUUGUCACCAGAGGAUCAAAACAGCCUCACUGGCAGGUGGAGCUCUGCAUCUCCAAAUAUUUCAAACGGACUACCAGAUUAUUCCCAGCACAGGAAUAGUGCACUUCUCAAACCAGUGCGCAGGUGCCUCCUGUCAGAACCUCUAACAGGUCCUGCUCAAACGGUGGCACAGACAGAUGUCUCUGGCGGGGCAAAUGGUUUAGCUUUUACCCCUUUUCCUUUAAGUAUGCAAUCCGAUUUGUCAUCUAAGCAUAAAAGCAGUCAACACCGACCUUUAGGUUUAAAGGUCCGCUCGCAGAAAUCUCAUUCCAAUAGCGGUGAGAGCUUGGUGGAGAAGGACAAUGAUGGGCCUGGAGGUAAAAACAACCUCCUUCCACCCGCUAUGGAACAAAUUCCAACUCUAAGAUACAAACCACUAGAAGACCUCAAACACCCUCAGAGCUGCAUGCUCGUCAGCCAUGCAUCGAAACAAAAGGAAGUUGAAAACAAGGGAUCCAUAUUUUGGGCACUUACUAAAGGACGUUCCUCUAUUCGAAGGACUGCGGGUCCCGCUAAACGACUCAGCCUGACUCAUUCACUCAAUGACCUUGAGUCGGCUGCUUCAGGCGGGGAACCCGGUGGUGUUGAGCGUCAUGAUAGCAGCAGUGUGAGCAGUCUGGAGAGUAAUGGUAGUCUGCCUAGUGUCACCAACCACAGACACAUUUCAGAACGCCGUGUUGCAUUAUGGGCUGUCAGCUUUGAGCGCCUGCUCCAGGAUGCUGAGGGUGUUCGCUAUUUUUCAGAGUUUCUAAAAAAGGAGUUUAGCGAGGAAAACAUUUUAUUCUGGCAGGCCUGUGAAUCCUUUAGCCAAAUUCCAGAACAUGACAAAAAACAGCUAUCUUUCAAGGCCAAAGACAUCUACAACUGCUUUCUCUCAAGUAAAGCGACUAUGCCGGUGAACAUUGAUAGUCAAGCUCAACUUGCAGAUGAUGUCCUGACAGCUCCACAGCCUCACAUGUUCAAACAGCCACAACUGCAGAUAUUUAAUCUGAUGAAGAUGGACAGUUAUGCUCGGUUCCUGAAGUCCACUCUCUAUCAGGAAUGCAUGCUGGCUGAAGUAGAGGGACGACCUCUCCCUGACUCCUGUCCGAUCCCAUGUAGCCCUGCCCCCUUUAAACACAGCUUCAUCUCUGACCGUUCCACAUUCUCCACAGCUAAAAAGGACAAAAGGAGACCCAAAACAGGCAGGUCAAGUGAUGACCUCAGAGAGAAACAUUCCGAUAAAAAAAACAGCUUUUUCUCAUGGUACAGAUAUCCAAGUAUUGGAAAAGGACAAAAGAAGAGAGAUGCCCCUGAUUUAUCUUACAAUUGUAAUCGGCGAAGAGAGUCUCAGGGUUCCCUUUGCUCUUUUGCAAGUCAAGAACUGAACACCUCCUGUACUGUAAACAAGAGUGAGCAGUGUGCACUGAGGAACUCUGAUUCUGUUUGGGAGAAGGAUGGAGAGAGAUGCAGCAAAGCGUGUACUGUAACACUGCCGGAUGGCUCCUGUUGCUGUGUUCCUCUACCGCAGGGUGCUUCCAUUAGGCAGGUUCUGCUGGAGCUCUGUCAAACACAGCAAAUCAACCUGGCGGCUGUCGACCUCUUCCUCACAGGAGGAGAGAAGCCUUUGGUGUUGGACCAAGAAAGCAUUACUCUUAGUUCCCAAAACCUUCGUCUUGAGAAGCGCACUUUGUUCAGACUGGACCUGGUACCCAUUAACAGAUCGGUUGGAUUGGAAGCAAAACCAACAAAACCUGUGACGGAGGUUCUGAGACCUAUGGUCGCCAAGUAUGGACUCCACCUUGGAGAUUUGGUGGCCAGAAUUAGUGGAGAGACGGACAUUCUUGAUCUCGGAGUGCCAAUAUCCAACCUUGAUGGCCUACGAGUUGUACUAGAGUUGGCUGAUCCAGCCAAAGACAAUUCUAAAACACCCAAUUCUAAAACGCCAGCAGCCAAGAAAGAAGUGACAAGAGAGAGACACAACAGCUCAAAGGGGAAACUGUUGAAAGGAUUUUGUGAUGACAAACAUCCUCAGCCAGGAGCAUCAGAGAGAAAGAAAGGCAAAAACAAUCACAUAGAUGAAACUGAGGAAUUGUUUGAGUUGCUCAGUCGUGCUCAGAGCAGUCGCGUCAAUGACCAAAGAGGCUUGCUGAGAAAAGAAGACCUUGUGCUUCCUGACUUUCUCUUCAUAAACCCUCGUUCUGAACCCCAACCUUACUGCUGUUCCACUCCCACCUCUCACAAACCCGGUCAUACCACCACCAUUACUCCUCCCCAACCCCCCAAACCCAGUUCUUCUAGACAUCCCCACUCACCCACUCAUGAAUCACCCCCUUUCACUGCACCUCACUCCCCCAUAUCAUGCUCCUUCUGUCCUCAGAAUCAAGAUGAGGAAGGGCUGGGCGAUAUGACUCUGGUGGGGGAGGGGGAUAUUACCAGCCCAAACUCCACCCUGCUUCCAUCUCCACUAAGCUCUCCGACCCCUUAUGAGGGCAGCCUGCCUGAGGGCAACUUCACUCCACCACCUUGUGUAGACAGACAACCAAGCCAAGGUACAAAGGGAAGAAACGCAUGCACUUCAUCAGUCAACCAUCAGGGGAAACAGUGUCCCAACUCAACAACCCAAGCCAAUUCUCCUGUGCUGGACAGUGGAGUCAAUGUGGAUGGGGUAACUUUGGAAGACAGUUUUGAGGGCUAUGCAGCUGAGCUUCGACAGUACCAGAACAAAAUGAGAAAUGGCAUUUACUCAUCCACAGAACCGUCCUGCCCACUUAGCGACAUGCUGGAAUUGAACAAGAGCGAUGCAUUGCAAUAUAAUGCAACAUUUGUCUGACGGAAGAUGUUCUUUUUCCAGGUAUAAGGAGCCAAAAAGCAUUUAUGACCCUGGAUCAAAAACCCAGUCUUAAGUAGCAUGGGAACAUUUUUAUUAAAAGCCAAAAUACAUUUUACGGGUCAAAAUUAUCAAACUUUUCCUUUAUGCUAAAAAUCAUUAGGAUAUUAAGUAAAGAUCAUGUUCCAUGAAGAUAUUUUGUAAAUUUCCUAUCCUAAUUAUUUAACAAAUUUCUCAAAGUUUAGAUUUUUUUGCACCCUCAAUUCCAGAGUUAUAAACGUCUGUAUCUCCGCUAUAUAUUGUCCUAUCCUUAACGAAUCAUACAUCACUAGAAAGCUUAAUUUUUCAGCUUCAGAUGACGGAAAUUUUUUAAUUUCAAAACAUAUGUAAACUACUCUGUUAAUAAAAUGAAUGGGAUUGUUCAUUUAUAACUUGUGACUACAUUAUUCUUAAUCAAAUAAAUUAUGGUAAUUAUUAUUACCAUAUUUAAUGUGCAUGUCAAAGUGUAUUUCAAAAGAUCAGAAUCCUUAAGGUAAGUGCAGAUUUCAGGAGCCUGAAAUAAUAUAUGUACUGAUUUUGAAUAUUUAACCACCAUUAAAAAUUAACAUAAAAAAAUUAAAAUACUUAUAUUAGCCUGCAUAUGUAAUAAUAUAUUAAACAUCACAUUCAUAGCUUAGCAUUAUUUACACAAAAUACACAUUCACAAAUACUGUACGUCUUCAUAUCAUACAAAUCUUCUGCAUACAAACUUCUACAUAAGACUAUAAUGUAGCAAAGUAAUAUAUCCAAAUGCACAUAAAGAGGUAUAUAAGUAAGGCUAUAUAUUCUCAAUUUACAAAUUAAGAGCAAUAUUUAAUCAAGAAUAAAACUGGUGAUGUUAUUUUGUACCAACUGUGUACACACACACACACAAUUUAUUAAGAUGUAUUCCUUCAUUUUCAGGUGACUUUAAGGGACCAGCACAGUCAAAGACCUUUCAGGGUAGGAAAUAAAGUUAAAAUUAUCUCCCAAAACUUACUGCCAGAUUCUAGAAAAUAAAUUGUGGUCCACAGUGGUACAAGUGGAAGUUGUGCUGGUCCCUCAAAAUUCACUUAAAUGGACAAUUUU